UAAAGUAAUAAGGAAAAAUAUAUAUACUGAAACUUUUUAGUCCCUGUGUAAUAAGUUUAGAUAAAAUAUUGAGCAAGGUAUAUUAUCAUACAUCAUAUGAUAUAAAAUUUUGCAAGGUUCAUACUUAUGAACUAUGAAUAAAGACAAAAAAUGAAGCCAGUAGAACGCUCUCAUAGAUACAGUUCUGAGCGCAAAAAUAAAAGCUUGUUGUUAGAUGAAUCAGAUUCAAGGUCAGAGAGCGAAAUUGGAGAGCAGAUAGUGCAAAGUGGUGAUGAAAAUUCAAAUGAAGCAGACACUUAUCCAAACACUAAUGGCGAUGAUAUGUUGAAAAAUGAAGAAUUGAAAAUGGCAUUAGAAACUCAAGCAUACAAUGAACAAAGAAUAGAAAAGCGCUUAGAGCUAAGAGAAAAAAACUUGAAUGCACAAGGGAAUCGACCAGAUGAAUUGUUUUUAAAGAAAUUGGAUUCCUCAAUGAAAAAAAAUACUACAUUUAUUAAAAAACUACGCUCCAUAAAUGAACAACAGAAAAAUGCUUUAGUAAAUGAGUUUAAUGGAUUAAAUUUAAGUAAGUUUAUUCAAGAGGCUGUUACAGCUAUGGUUGAAGCAAAAUUAAAGGUUUCUGAUGUCAAUGCUGCUGCUUACAUGUGUUCUCUUUUUCACCAACGUUAUGCUGAUUUCACAGUUCUUUUCAAACAAAACUUUUUAAAAGUGUUUGACUGUAUAGGAGAGGGAUGCAAGGAUGAAGAAAAAGCUGCAGUUGUAGCAAAACUGCGUCCAGCCUUGCGUUUACUUGGAGAGUUGGUUUUAGAUGGUUUUUAUUUACUUAAUGAAGGCAUUCCGAUUUUACUUACUAUCUUGCAGAACAUACUUAAUGCAGACAAGGCUUCAUUUACUUGUGGAACAGUUGUUAUCACUUUAGUGCGUCAUUGUGGAGAAGAUUUGGCUGGAAUAUUACCAAGGAAGCAACGCCAUUGGAAAGAAACAACAAACAUGAGUUUUUCUACUUUAGGAGUACUAUCAGCUGAUCAACAAUCUGUUUUCAUGUGCUUGUUUAAAGAAUACUAUGAAAAUAUUAGCAAUCAUUUAGUAAAGCUACACAAGGAGCUGCAAAACAGAGAAAAACAAAACAGACAAACUAUUGGCUUGAGAGGAGAACUUCCUGCCGAUCGUAAGGAAUCAUUUGAGAAGGCUCAAAAGAUUUAUGAAAAGAUUCUUUCUUCAACUACAUCGUUAGCGGAGCUUCUAGAUGAAGAGAUGCCAGAACUUCCAGAAUGUCAAUUUGAGGAGCGUGAAGAUGUUGGUACCAUUAAUAUAUUCACUCCAAAUCGCGGUGUAGAGUAUGAUUCUGAGACGGGUUUGUGGGAAGAUGAUGAUACAAGAACUUUUUAUGAAGAUAUAAAAGACUUAAAAAUUCUUGUUCCACAGAUUGUAUUCAAAGAGCAAGAUGUUCCUUCAAAUGCGCAGCGGAAAGAAAAACUUAUGAAAGACAAGAAAAAGAAAGAAAGAAGAUUAAGAGUCGACUUACUAGCAGAUGAUGGAGCUGAAUACAAUGAUGAAAUUGAUGAUCCAGAUGAUUCUUAUGAGCAAGAUAUUCUUGGAGAAGAUGCUGAUGAUGAGGAUCCUGCUACUCUAGGAAUGGCUGCAAUAGCUGAUGCAUAUUUUAAUAAGUUACCCACUUGUAUUAAUAGAGAUUUCAUUGAUCAGGCUGCAGAAGAAUUUAUAUUAAAGUUAAACACAAAAGGAAACAGAAAGAGACUAGUAAAGACACUGUUUAGUGUUAACAGAACAAGGUUAGACUUGUUGCCAUUUUAUGCUAGAUUGGUAUCUACAUUAGCCCCAUGUCUCGUUGAUAUUGCACCUGAUUUAGUUUGGUUGUUGAAAGGCAGUUUUCUUUCUCAUCUUCGUAAGAAAGAUCAAAUACAUUCUGAAUCAAAAAUUAAAACUGUAAGAUUUAUAGGUGAGUUAACAAAAUUCAAGGUGUGUCCAAAAGCUGAAGCACUUUAUUGUUUGAAGGUACUCUUGGACAAGUUUACACAUCAUAAUAUUGAUAUGGCAUGCAAUUUGAUUGAAACUUGUGGACGAUUUUUAUAUCGAUCACCUGAAUCUCAUUCUAGGAUGUCAAGUUUACUAGAACAAAUGAUGCGUAAGAAAGCUGUGCAAGCUUUUGAUACACGACAUUCUACCAUGAUAGAGAAUGCAUUCUAUUAUUGUAAUCCACCUGAAAGGCAAAAGCUGAAUAAGAAAGUGCGAGAACCCAUCCAUGAAUAUAUUCGUAAACUUGUGUAUAAAGACCUUUUUAAAACAACUACAGAGAAAGUUUUACGGCAGAUUAGAAAGUUACCUUGGAAUGAUAGUAAGAUAGUUGCGUAUGUUGCAAGAUGUCUAACAAAUAUUUGGAAUGUAAAGUUUAACAAUAUUAGAUGUGUUGCUAAUAUGUUGUCUGGACUAGCAGAAUAUCAUGAAGAUUUAGCUAUAUGCAUUAUUGAUGGAACUUUAGAAAACAUUAGGCUUGGUAUGGAGACUAACAUAUUUCGAGAUAACCAGCGAAGAAUAUGUUGUAUGAAGUAUCUUGGAGAAAUGUAUAACUAUCAAUUAGUUGAUAGUGACAUUAUUUUUAACACAUUGUACAUGUUAAUAACAUUCGGCAGUUGCUUAGAUAUGGCAGCAUCAGAACUGGAUCCUCCUGAGAACUUGUUUCGCAUUCGUCUUGUUUGCACUUUGUUAGAUACCUGUGGCCAAUAUUUUGAUCGUGGAUCAUCCAAAAAAAAGCUUGACUACUUUUUAAUUUUUUUCCAGUGUUACAUCUGGCAAAAAAAAGAAAGCGACUGCUGGAAUGAACAGUGCCCUUUUCCUAAAGAAGUUGAGUAUAUGGUACAUGAUACCUUUGAAAGUUUGAGGCCUUCUUUAAAAUUGUUUACUUCAUUAGAAGAUGCAAAACAAGCAGCUGAAGAGUUGAAUAAAGAAUUUCAGAAUAAAUUUUGUGAAGUUGAAAAGAAUAGUCAAGAUAACUUUUCAAAUACUUCUUCCUUAUCUAGUCCAAUGCAAGAUUCUCCGCAGGCUUUUUCUUUUGCUGCAUCUCAAUCUUCUCAAGAAGAAGAGGAUAGAUAUGAAGGAGAAGAUGAAUAUGAAAAUAAAGAAGAUGAUAAUAAUUUUUCUGGUAGUGAAAAUGAUGAAAUGUUUACCAUGGAUAAUGUUGAACAGGUUGUUUUACUUGAGAAGCCUAAACUCUACCAAUGUGAAGAGGAUGACUUCUUUUGCAAGCAGUUUGAACGUAUGAUUGGGGAAAGUGUCACAGAGCGAUUGCAAGAUAAUAUGGUUACACCAAAUUUGGACAUUGCCAUUCCGAUGAACUUAAAAGGUAAGCAUAAGAAGAUGAGAAAUAAUGCUGAAGAGCCUGUUGAACAUCCACAGUCAAUUAAUUUUGUUAUGAUGUUAAAAAAGAAUAAUAAACAAAUUCUGAAAGAUUUACCCAUUCCAAUAACAUCUGAUCUUGCUGCUAAUAUGCAUGAUAAACAAAAAGCAAAGCAAGCUGAACAUGAAGAGAUGAAGAGACUUGUGCUGGAUUAUAACCAAAGACAAGAAGAGGAAUCUUUAAAUGAAAUUAUGGCUCACUCAAAACCAAUAAAGCGAGCUUCACAGAUUCGUCCUUUUUCUGCAAAAGGUAUGAAUUCAACCCAAAAUCGAAUUCGUGAUACUGAACAACAGUUUUUUGGCUCUUCUUCAAGGCGUUAAAAGCAGAGUUAAAAGCAAAGUGAAUAAGCUCGUUAACUUUGUGCUAUCAGCGUUUAAAGUUGAGUUCGUGUUGAUGCGAACGAGUUGGCUUGUUUCGUAAAGAUAAGAAAUAAUUAGAAACAAAGAGUCACUUGGUUUCCUGUAGAUUAAUGAAAAAUCUGAGAAUCUAUCUUAUACGAUUUAAGUUUUGUUCAAAAUGGAAUGGCUUUUUAUGUUUGAACUUUAUGUUUUUAAUCCGAUAAUUUACCAUUAAAUGGAGGAACAUUUCUUUUGUA